GGUCCAGACAAAGAUCAUGGUUGGGACUAGCUGGCCACAGAUGAAGCCUCAGACCAGAAACACGGUGGUGCGAAUGGAUCCAGACACAUUCUUCUACAACUUUUAUAAUAGACCCAUCCUUUCUCAUCGGAAUACCGUCUGGCUGUGCUACGAAGUGAAAAUGAAAACAAACGACCGCUCAAGGCCCCCUUUGGUUGCAAAGAUCUUUCAAGGCCAGGUCUAUUCGAAGCCUCAACACCACCCAGAGAUGAGAUUCCUCCAUUGGUUCCGAAAGUGGAAGCCGCAUAGUGACCAGGAGUACGAGGUGACCUGGUUUGUGUCCUGGAGCCCCUGCCCAGUGUGUGCAAGGAAUGUGGCUGAGUUCCUGGCCGAGGACAGGAAGGUCACCCUGACCAUCUUCGUGGCCCGCCUCUACUACUUCUGGGACCCACAUUACCGGGAGGAGCUUCGCAGACUGUGUCAGAGGAGAGACAGUCCUCAUGCCACCAUGAAGAUCAUGAGUUACGGCGAAUUUCAACACUGUUGGGACAAGUUUGUGGACAACCAAAGAUUGUACAAGCCUUGGAAUAAGCUGCCUAAACAUUAUACAUUACUGCACAUCACACUGGGGGAAGUUCUCGGACACCUGAUGGAUCCAGGCACAUUCUCUUACAACUUUACCAAUGACCCUUCGGUCCUUGGACGGCACCAGACCUACCUGUGUUACGAGGUGGAGCACGUGCACAAUGGCACCUGGGUCCCGAUGCACCAGCACAGGGGCUUCAUACUCAACGAGGCUUCAAAUAAUCCCGGUUUCCCUGAAGGCCGCCAUGCAGAGCUGUGCCUCCUGGACCUGAUUUCCUUUUGGAAGCUGGACCUGGCCCAGCGCUACAGGGUCACCUGCUUCAUCUCCUGGAGUCCCUGCUUCAGCUGUGCUGAGAAGGUGGCUGAAUUCCUUCAAGAGAACCCACACGUGAACCUGCACAUCUUUGCUGCCCGCAUCUAUGAUUGUCAACGAGGAUAUAAAAAGGGCCUGCGCAGGCUGGACAGAGCUAGGGCCCCAAUUUCCAUGAUGAAAUACAGUGAGUUUAGGCACUGCUGGGACACCUUUGUGGAUCGCCAGGGACACCCCUUCCAGCCCUGGGAGGGACUAGAUGAGCACAGCCAAGCCCUGAGUGGGAGGCUGCAGGCCAUUCUCCAGAAUUUGAACACUGUUGGGAAGACCGUGUACAAGGGAGAUGAGCCACGUCAACCUUGCAUGACACUGCAUGAAAGCUACCCAUCUCUGGUCCCCAAGCUGAAGGGUAGCCUCACAGCUGAUCCCCUUGCUCCUCCUGGCUCCUGCUCAGCCUCCUCAUGUCUUCCCUCUGUCUUGUACCAGAUUCACCCCUGCCUGGGCCUUCUGAGCUCCACCUGCCCUGAAUACCGCCCCUCAGUGCCCAACACCUUGCUGCCUCCUCCACACUUUCCCAACCUGCCAGUGAGAGGCUGCCUUCUGCCUCCAGAGCAACCUCCAUCCACCACCCCCAGACUCCUUCCUCCCAUCCUGGGACCCGCUAGCCUGGCUCCUUCCAUCUCCCCAGCAUACCUGAAUCUUGUCAUUGAACUGAAUAUAAAUGGGUAGUAGAAAUAUACCUAAGUGUGAAAGCUACGUUUUGAGAAACAUCUUUUGUAAGAACUGAUGCUAAGCAUUAGGUCACUCUUGUCAUGCCCAACUAAAACAGAGGCCAGGAGCCAAGAGGGGAAAGUGCUCCCGCUACAGAACAUUGCUUCCACGAGCCUGAUGGCUGAAGCUGCUCAUCCUGUACCCUGAAACCAGCUUCACCUACAACUUCUGAGAUGAAUUGCUGCAACUCUUGAACUCACGAUGCCUACUACAGUGGCUCAUCAAUGGAACCUGCCAGCUCCCAACCCUUCCUGGGGCCCAGGA